CAGAACUAUUUGCUGUGUACUUUCUAAGACUUUAUUAACACACCACUGACAAACGGUGAAGGAAAACAUUACGAGGAAACCUGGGUUAAUAAUUUCUAAUUAUAAGUAUGAAAUCGCCAACCCGCAUUGAGCAUAGUGAUUAAAGCUCAAACCUUCUCCGUGUGAGAAGAGGCCUUUGGUCAGCAGUGGCCACUUAUAGACUGUUAAUGCGAAGUAAUUUGCCUUGUAUUGGCGUAAUUCCAGACUUUGUAUUUACUUACUAGGUAUGUGUAGUGUAUUACAUAUAAUAAACGUAGCACGCUAGCUGGUGGGGCGCUCAGUGAUGGGGAGUGCGGCUAGCGAGUCGCUAGCCGCUCAGUCACUGUCUAGCCGCCGAGCAGUUAAGUGCAUUACUAUUCAACCUGCUGUUUUAUUCCUGUGUACAUACCCAGCGAACCCCAUGUGGCGACCCUACCAGGAUUACAAAACCGUAAGGUAUGUACAAAAAUUCCAAAAAUAUCGAAUUAAGAGGUAAAUCAGUGACUAAUCAGUUUUUAUUCGUUGAAAUAUUCCUUGUAGCUUUAUAUAACUAGGAAUGAAUAUGAACUUUAUACUGUUAUUGAAUCUUGUUACAUAAAAUUCAUACGUCAUAAUUGAAAUAAAAUAACCUAUGUUAGUUCAAGAUAAAAUAGUCAAAAAAAAAAAAGAAAAAAAUAUGUCACACCUACCGCCACUAGAGUCCUUGGACUGUGAUGGGGACCCGGCUUCGGUGGGAUUACGGUGGGAAAAGUGGAAGCGUGCGCUUGAGUUGUACUUAAUCGCUACUAAUGUUACCACACCAGAAGCAAAAAGAGCUGUGCUCUUACAUAUGGGUGGUUUAACCCUGCAGGAAGUUUACUAUAAUAUUCCUGGCGCACAUUUAGAAACUACUGCCGAUGAUGACAACGAUAUUUUUACAGUUGCCAUCAACAAACUAAAUGAGUAUUUUGCACCCAAACAAAGUCGGGUAUAUGAGCGUCAUUUGUUUAGACUCAUUAAACAAGAAAGCGGAGAGAAGUUUGAUAAGUUUCUUGUUAGGCUUCGACACCAAAGUUCGAAAUGCAAAUUUACUGCCCCUGAUGAACAUAUGAUCGAUCAAAUCACUGAAAAAUGCGAGUCAGCCAAAUUAAGAAAAACAAUCCUGACUCUCGGUGAUGACGUUACACUAGACAAAAUUAUAUUCGAGGCAAACGCUUUGGAAACAGUAAACCGUCAACUCAAUAACUUUGGUUUGCCAGGACCUAGUAAAGACCUGUCAGUAAAUAGAGUAGAGACGCGUACGAGUAAAAAGAGUUCGAAUUCUAAUUCUUGUUCCCGUUGUGGUGGCACUCAUUCAAGUGAUAGUAAGUUUUGCCCAGCCCGUGAUAAAAAAUGUCUCAAGUGCGGGUUUAUUGGACAUUUCCGAAAACUGUGCAGAACUAGGGCAAAGAAACGAAAAUCAAAUGAUUAUACAUCUAAGUCAAACCAGUAUAUACAUCCUGAUAAAAAGUUAAAAAGUAAAUCUGAUGAAGUCGAUUACAUUUUUCAAAUUGAAGGUGACGACACUAUUAAAUGUGUUCUUGGGAAUGUCUUAAUUGACAUGUUAAUUGACUCUGGUAGUAAAUAUAAUAUAGUUAGUGACGUAACUUGGCAAACUCUAAAAAGCAAAAAAAUUCUAGUUGAAAAUCAAGUAAAAAACCCGAACAAGACAUUCAAGGCCUAUGGAAGUCAAAACCCUCUAACAGUUCUCGGCGCAUUUGAUUCUACCAUAAUGGUUAAUAACGGAUUGCCUGGCAUCAAAGCAACUUUUUAUGUUGUAAAGGACGGCACAAGGAAUUUACUUGGAAAAGAUACUGCUACUAGACUCGGAGUUCUGAAACUAGGAAUAGGUGUUAAUGCAAUCGAUGGCGUAAAUUCAGAGACAAGCUACCUUCUGUGUUAGAUAUUGAAUUUGCAGAAGUAGAUCUAGAAACAAAGGACAGAGAUGUGGAAAUGAAAACAAAGGGCAAAGAAUAUGCAGACAGAAAAAGACAAGCAACUGAAUCAAACAUUGAAGUCGGAGAAAAAGUAUAUGUAAAAAACACCGUGAAGGAGAAUAAGUUAACAGCUACAUUUAAUGAUGCGCCACAUACGGUACUCAAUAAAAAAGGCAAUGACGUUGAAGUAGUAAAUGAUGAAAAUGGGAAACGACUUCGUAGGAAUAUAGUACACUUGAAGAAGGUCGAAGGUAAAUGGGAAGUAUGCCCAAAUAAAUAUUUAGAGAACCAUAAUAAUGAAGAUGAAGAAUUAAGUGAAAGAGAAUAACUGAUUUUUGGCUGAUUUUGUACCUUGUUAUUGUUAAGUGUUAAUAUUGUAGUAUUGUGAUUCUGAUGAGCAUCCUAGAAUAAUAUUUUCAAUUUUUCAAAUUUUGUAAAAGGUAGAUAUGUAGUGUAUUACAUAUAAUAAACGUAGCACGCUAGCUGGUGGGGGCGCUCAGUGGUGGGGAGUGCGGCUAGCGAGUCGCUAGCCGCUCAGUCACUGUCUAGCCGCCGAGCAGUUAAGUGCAUUACUAUUCAACCUGCUGUUUUAUUCCUGUGUACAUACCCAGCGAACCCUUACAGUAUGUUAUCAUUAAUAUGUUUGCGCAUUCCAAUAAGUGAUUCAGUGUAACUUAUUGCAUGUAGUAAAAUAUUACAUUUUAGUAGACAGACAAAACAGUCUGUACUUAAUAUAGUGCAAGAUUGGGUUGUUAAUUAUU